GGUGUAUUUCCAUAUGAUUGGACAAAUUUAUGGGAUAAAUUCGAUAGAACAAAGCUACCACCAAGAAAGGAUUUCUAUUCGAUUCUUAGCCAGCAAAAUAUAAGUAAGGAAGAUUAUGAAUAUGCACAAAAAAUAUGGCAAACAUUCGAGAUGAAAAACUUUGGAGAAUAUCAUGACCUAUAUCUUGAAACAGAUGUACUUUUACUUGCCGAUGUAUUCAUGAAUUAUACUAUUAUGUGCUUGCAGGAUGAUGGCUUAGACCCUUUCCACUACGUCUCAGCACCAGGAAUGUUUAAUGAUUCCCUAUACAAGAAUGCGGAAAUAGGAUAUACAUUGGAAGUUGAUCUAGAAAUCCCAAUGCAUUUGCAUGAUUUCUUUGCAGAUUAUCCUUUAGCACCAGAAAAACAGUUAGUUCCAGAAGAAUGGCUUAGCUUGUAUAAUGAAAGAUUAGUGCAUGAUAAAGAAUUAUACAUGAAAUUGGGGGUAAAGGUUACAAAGAUUUACGGUGCACUCAAGUUCAGGCAAUUCCCUUGGAUGAAAGCAUAUAUUGAGAAAAACAUACGCAAGCGUAAAAUAGCUAAGGCCAUUGGGGAUAAAUUUGGGGUCAUGUAUUAUAAGCUAAAGAACAAUACCGUCUUUGGUAAGCAGAUGGAAAACGUUCGAAAGCACAUGAGAGUAGAGCUUCUCCGAACAGAAGAGGAUAAAAAAAUCAGACGUCUAGCAAGUUCGCCAUUAUUUGAUGAGACAAAAGGUGACCCCAUAGGUGAAUCGGCAUGCUUAAAGCCAAAGAUGUACUCAGUUCUUCCAGCCGGACAUGACCCAAAAACUCCUGAAACAGAAGCGGAUUAUGAGAAAGAGCUAAAGGAGGAAGAAUUUAGAAAAUCUCAGAGUGCUAAGAAGCUAACCCGGCAUGAUAUGUAUGGUCUCCGCAGUUACGAUCAUCAAAUAUAUUUGGAGAGGGUAAAUAAAAUUGGAUUAAAUCUAUAUGAUAAUAAGCGCUGGAUCUUACUUGAUGGAAUUCGAACUCUUCCAUAUGGACAUUGGCGAAUUGGGCUAUAUAAACACCUGCUAGCAUCUGAAAUAGCUCCUGAGGAAGCAGAAGAAAGGGCCAUGAAAGCUAAAUUUCGUGUUAAGACAUAG